AUGUUCUUUCCUUCAUUGAUUCUGGCUGCUGGCAGCCUGCCGACUCUCAUUCAAGCCAUUCCUCAUGGCGCGAAGCCCCAUCACUCUUUGCACCGUCGCGCCGCUGCCACUUAUGCUGUCAUGGGUGGUACCGGCGAGGCCUCCGAAGGAUGGCCUUCCAUGAGUCAAUGGUCUGAUUACGAGACUCUCUGGGGUCUCAACCAAAUUCUCAUUGCCGCAUCAUGCGACAACUCUGACGACGAAACAAGCGACAUUAACACCAGCAUCAAGUCGAUCGCCAGCGAAACUGGCAUCGACGCUCGAUUUAUCCUUGCAAUUAUUAUGCAAGAGAGUAAGGGCUGCGUUCGCGUCCACUCCACCAACAAUGGUGUUCAGAACACUGGUCUCAUGCAGAGUCACGCUGGCGAGGGCUCCUGCAACAACGGUGGCGGCAUGACAACUCCCUGCCCCUCCUCCAUGAUCAAGCAAAUGAUCAAAGACGGGACCGCUGGAACCACUCAGGGCGACGGUCUCAAGCAGUGCUAUGAGGCCCAGAGCGGCGGCGAGGCGGCCAAGUACUACAAGGCCGCACGCACUUACAACUCUGGCUCUAUCGCCUCAUCAGGUAACCUCGGCCAGGGCGGCGCAACCCACUGCUACGCCUCCGACAUCGCCAACCGUGUCCGCGGCUGGGCUGGCGACAUGAGCGAGUGUACCGAAGCUACCAUUGGAACAGUUACUAGUGGCGCGGGAGUUCUCGGUGGUAGCGACGACUCCAGCAGCUCCUCUUCCUCGACCGCUGCUGAGCAGCCUACUGAGACUGCUGAGCCUAUCCAGACCUCGUCCGCUCCAGCUACCCAGCCUGCCGAGACCGCCCAGCCAGCUGAAACAUCCUCCACAUCCACUGAGACCUCCUCCGCGGGUUGGACCCUUCCCACCUGGUUCCCCAACGUGAACGUGCACGCAGCCGCGCCGAGCUACACCCCCACCCCAUCCUGGACAACCAAGUCCGCGCCAGCCGCGACAACUGCACCAGCAGCCCCAAAUUCAUCGUCGGGAACAGCCCCUCUCUACCCAUACGCCAACCCAUCAUGCCAGAAAUACUAUACCGUCAUGAACGGUGGUUUCUGUGUUAAGGUGACCGAAACUGUCGGAAUCUCCUUCCCGGAUCUCCGUAGCUUGAACCGUGGUCUCGACGAGAAGUGUUCGGAUUUGUGGCUCGGAUAUCAGUACUGUAUCAAGGCUUAA